AUGGGCAUUGCGAGCUGCUUUGCGAGAUGGCUCAUGCUGAUCGCUGGUCUCCUCUCACUCUGCGAAGCGAGCGAGGAGAUGCCUCGCUGCAUCUUUGCUGGCGCCAGCCUGCGCACCAGGUCGGGAGCCGAGGUGGGCUGUCGAGAGCUCGGCGGCAAGAGCGUGGCGCUCUACUUUGCUGGCGAGUGGUGUCCGCUCUGCCGGCGCUUCACGCCCGCCCUGCACUCAUUUCACGAGCAGUACAGAGACACGAUGCAGGUCGUCUUUGUGUCAUCCGACAUGAGCCAGGACGACGCGCAGGAGCUCGCUUUCCUGCCGGGCGAGCGGCACGGCGCGGCGGCCUUGCGCGAGUGGCAGCCACAGAGAGCAUCGGCGUGGCCGGACGAGCUCUGA